AUGGACGGACGAACCCACAAUGGCGGCGGCGGCGGCCGAGAAAGUUGGACUUCGGCGGCCACUUAUUCGCAACGUGGAAGCCUUGAGAAGGACAGCCACAGGGAGAGGAGUAGUCGCGCUGCCAGUAUCAGCUCUCGGGCCAACGCCAACGCACAGAGUACUAUCCGAACCGUAACGCCCGAACCCGUCGGAAACGGCCACACCGCCACACAAAUGUCCCGAGGCUACAGUGCAACUUCUGCGCAAACCUCACCCCGAUCGAUAGAUGACGAGCAUAGACGGCAAGGUAUUGUCUUCAACGAUGUCUUUGGUGGCUCCUAUGACAGCACGGAGUCAGGGAUGCAGCAGCAGCAGCAACAGCAAACAAGGGCCCCGGUCCGCCCUCGCACACAAACAAUGGACGGAUCGCUUGCGUUACGCCAACAGACAGCGACCGCUCCUGGUGGUGACAGUCGGCACAGAGUCGGAUCAGUCUCUUCAUCGGGUUCUACACCAUUCAAUGAGAUGGACGUGCGACCUCGGCCACCUGUCUUGGAGUCUGCAAGCUACCAAUCCUCGGCGACCUCUGCCCCAUCCUCACGGGCUCCGGAUCUCAAAAUUACCGUGUCCUCAUCUUCAUCGAAAGCUGAGAAGAAGCCGAGCAAUCGACGCUUGGUCAAGAGGGCGUCGUCGCGGCCAACCUCACCUCUGGUUUCACCGCCACCUUCUGUGGAUUCAUUGCCAAUACCCAUACCAACCGACGAUGCGAAUCGUGUGCUUUUGCUCAUGAAGACACUUUGUGGUCGAAUGAAGGGUGAAGUCGAGUACCAAGCUGAGCCCAAUGGACAGUGGUACUCUGGCAUUUGCUACAUUGAUGAGGAGAGGGGAAGUCUACUGUUUGACUCUGGCCAAGACGGACCUUUCCACUUACCACUUGUCGGUGACCUUAGGGGCUGCAGGGUUCUGCCGGUGGAGCAGCUCGACGGUGGGGGUAAAUGCCUCGAACUACUGAAUCAGAAAAUGGGCGUCGAGCUCCAACUCCGACCAUUGAUCGCUGAUGAAUUCGAUCUGUGGCUUGCAGCCCUUCUCUGUUGGCAACAAGUUCUGCCAAACGGAGUGCGGAUGCAGGGUGGGAAAUUUGGCAACUCGCUGUCCACGAACCGAGCGGAAAUGCGGCGGCGGGGCUCCGCGGUCGCUGGAUCUACAGGAUCCAAGGAUGCCAACAUCAACAUCAUCAAAGUUGGCAAGGUGAUGCUGUGGGACAAGGGCGUGGCAACAUCACCGCGCGCAAUCGUGAAACGGCCAUCGACUCGCGACCUGCGCGCCGCCACUACGGCCUGGGUGAGAGUUUCUUGUAUUUUGCAGGACAAUGGCGAAUUCAAACUGAUGACGGAGAAUGAUGUGACUGUUCUCUCCGUCAUAGAUCUUUCCCAGCUAUCUCGCUGUGCCGUGCAGCAGCUCGACAAAACCGUGCUUGAUGAGGAUUACUGCAUUGCAAUAUUUCCGAUAUAUGCUUCAACGUCUAAGCAACUCUCGAUAUUCAGGCCCGUGUAUCUUGCCCUUGAUACCAGGGUCCUGUUUGAGGUUUGGUUUGUCUUACUGCGGGCCUUUGCAGUCCCAGACCUCUUCGGCAUCCACCCAACGACAGACGAAGCGAUGGAACUUUCCAGCCUUGAACCCAACUUUGAUGGCCAAAUAUUCAGGCUCGAGAAGACAAUACAAGUACGGGUUAGUGAAGCGAAACUCGAGAGAGCAGACCAACGGCCCGAGCAAUACGACAGACAUCACCAUCACCAUAAGACUGAACGUGACCCACUUACCGGCAAUUACUUGGCAGAGGUUAUAUUGGACGGCGAAGUUCGAGCACGCACCACUACUCAGACUGACACCAAGACACCUUUCUGGAGGGAAGUUGUGCAAUUUACAGAGCUGGCUACUAAUUUACCGUACCUGUCUGUCAUUCUCAAGAGGGUAGAUGGUAAUCUUGACAGUUUCAGCCAUCAGCUUCAAGCCUCCUUGGGCCUGCCCAAGACUGGUGGUAAUUUGACCGAAGUCAUGUGUGGUGCUGUUGAUAUUCCUCUAGAGAAGCUGGAACGCGGCAAAGACCACGACCAGUGGCAUUCGAUUCGGGACGAAAAGAAUGAGCACAUCGGAAGCAUGUUCGUUAAAAUUAACAUCGAAGAAUUUGUUGUACUGGCAACCGAUGACUACAAGUCGUUGUCAGACCUUCUGCACAAGUUCAGUCUUGGAAUCCCGAGUCAAAUCGCUGCAGCAAUGCCCCAGCAAUUGCGGCGACUCGCAGAGAUCUUCAUCAACAUCUUUCAAGCCUCCACAAGAUCUGUCGAGUGGCUCCUGGUAUUGGUGGAGGAGGAGAUUGACGGCAUUAGUGGCGCCAACAAUAUGAAGAAGCUGCGAUAUAGUAGGCGAAUGAAGUCGAACGAAUCAGGACCGACUGGCAGCGAUCGAGAACUGCUCGUUCGUGACAUGGGCAAGUCGCUUGCUGGCGAGGCAAAUCUACUCUUCCGUGGCAACACCCUACUCACACAGGCCUUGGAAUUCCAUAUGCGCCGUCUCGGGAAGGAAUAUCUCGAAGAUGUACUCUGCGACAAGAUAUUCGAGAUCAAUGAGAUCAAUCCUGAUUGCGAGGUCGACCCAAGCAAAUUGCCUCACAACGUGGAUAUUAACCAACAGUGGUCACAACUCAUGCAGCUGACCACCGAGGUCUGGCAAUGUAUCGCCCGCUCCGCCAACAGGUUGCCUGCCGAGUUACGUCAGAUUCUCAAGUACAUCCGCGCAGUAGCCGAAGAUCGAUAUGGCGACUUUCUCCGGACGGUCACUUACACGAGUGUUUCGGGCUUCUUGUUCCUCCGGUUCAUCUGUCCGGCUGUUCUGAAUCCAAAAUUGUUUGGAUUGCUACGAGAUAACCCACGUCCCCGGGCUCAGCGUACUCUCACCCUUGUGGCCAAAGGAUUACAGGCCCUGGCCAACUUGUCCACAUUCGGCAAGAAGGAGAGUUGGAUGGAACCUAUGAACAAGUUUCUCAACAACCAAAGACAACCAUUUAAGGAUUUUGUUGAUCAGGUUUGUUCCAUACCCACUGAGCGCGCCUCUGUACCUCUGCCCGCAACGUACAUGACCCCGAUCACGAUUCUCGGACGGCUUUCGAAACCAGCACGCGAAGGUUUCCCGGUGCUCCCCUACUUGAUUGACGACGCUCGGUAUUUUGCCGCUCUGGUAAAACUCUGGCUAGAAAAUUAUCAGGGAAAUGCCGCGAAAAUGCGCACAUUGACUGGCGACAUGGCCGAAUUUCAUGAGCUGUGCGUUGCUCUGCAGGCACGCUCUGACCAGUGCUUGGCCAGAAUCGAGUCUAUCCGAGCAGCAGAGAACGCGUCGAUCAAUGCGGACGACAUUGUGGAGGGCAUGGAUAAGGCGUCGCUCAUGGAUUCAAUGCACCUCGCGUAUGGAAGUUCAUCGAUAUGGGCAGAGAACGAUCCAUAUCGGGCUCCAGGAUCGUCCGGGUCGGAUACUGAAGGACAGGAACGGCCAAUGUUCCGGGAGGUGAAGUUCUCGGGCAGCAAAGAACACGGCGCACACCGCGGCGCAUCGGAUAAUGGUGAUAUGCCUUUUCUCAGCGGCACACUUCGGCGAAACGGGAAGAAUCCACGUAAUUUUCUGAGUGGUCUCAUCGGCGGCAUGAAGGAGAAACAUGAGAAGCAUGCCAAAGGAGAUGCGUCAGCUUCAGGGUAUUCAAGCGUCAGAGAAAAGAGCAAAGAAAAGGAAGACAAAGACAAAAGAGGAUUCUUCCUCGGCGGCUUGGCAGAAGGCUGGCCUGGCAGCGAACACCAAAAGCAUUAG